GUUAUAUUUGCUUCGCCUGUACUUAGUUAAUAGGUCAGUUGCAAGGUUCUUUUUGUGCAAGCCUCUGGCAAAUCUGUUUGACUCGUCAAGCCCUGCAGUUCGGCUUUAUGCAAUGCCACCGGCCAAGGUGUAUCGAUUAUGUGCCAAUGCACCCCGAUUAUAUCACCUGCAAUCCGAGGUGGGGCUAUAAAAGGAACGCGUUCGUUGCUCACUCUGUUUACUACGUUUGCAAAGCUUGACGAUUCAGCAUGCGCGCGCCAGAGUGGAUGAGCACUGAAAUGGCACGGCUCACGUCCAAGCUGGAACGCUAUAAGCCCAUAGGCAGUGGCUACAAUCGCAUACAAUCCAUACGCCUAUCCAAGAGCGUGACACAAAUGCUCAACAAUCCAUUGCCCAGCGCUGCGACUCGCGUCAGCACAGUCAAAGCCAGUCAAAAGCCAUCGAGGGACCACCAGGAGAGCUCCUUUACGACUCCCAGGCGACGUGGUGUGCUCAGUCGCAGCGAGUCCCAAUGGGAGGAGGUCUAUCCAGCCAUCAAAUUCAAUCGCCAGCAGAGCAAUGAGAGUGCCAACAGCCUGGACAGCAGCGACAGCAAAUUUAUGCACUAUCGCAAUUGCUCAACGCGCAUCACCUGAACGAAGUAUGA